AUGUUGAUGUUGAAUGACUGGUAUAGUGGAGCAGUCAACUGCCAGGCGACAGCUGUCCUGAAAUGCUCGCCUGCAACAAAGCUCGCCUGUACCAACGCUCGCCUGUACCAACGCCUGCUUGCACCAACGCCUGCCUGCACCAACGCUUGCCUGCACCAACGCCCGCCUGCACUAACGCUCGUCUGCACCAACGCUCGCCUGUACCAACGCCCGCCUGCACCAACGCUCGCCUGCACCAACGCUCGCCUGCACCAACGCUCGCCUGCACCAACGCCCCUGCACCAACGCCCGCCUGCACCAACGCUCGCCUGCACCAACGCUCGCCUGCACCAACGCCUGCCUGCACCAACACCUGCCUGCACCAACGCCUGCCUGCACCAACACCUGCCUGCACCAACGCCUGCCUGCACCAACGCCUGCCUGCACUAA